UGACCUCGUUUGUGCUGCGGGCAGAAUACUAGUCAGUUAGUUCUAAAUACAAAGCCUAGUAGGUUGACGUUUGUUGCUCUUUCCUGUGUUGGAUUGUGCAUUGUUCUACUCUUGUCAUUGUGGCAUCCGUAUCAAGGGAUAGGCUACAUUAUGUUUAUUUUAUUUGGAUGAAUCGAGCAGGCAGCAAGUUGCAAGAACUGGAUCGCUGAACCUGCCACUUGCGAGCCCAUGAUCCCGUUGACUUGAAGCGUACUGUAUGUUGAUGAAAUUCAAGCAUGUCAGGAAAACAAUUUAAAGGUCAUGAAGUCAGUUGCUGCAUCAAAUAUUUUAUUUUUGGAUUUAACAUAAUAUUUUGGCUGCUCGGUGUGGCCUUCCUGGGCAUUGGACUAUGGGCCUGGAAUGAGAAGGGUGUUCUCUCCAACAUCUCGUCCAUCACAGACCUGGGGGGCUUUGACCCCGUCUGGCUCUUCUUGGUGACGGGAGGGGUCAUGUUCAUCCUGGGCUUUGCCGGUUGCAUCGGAGCGCUGAGGGAAAACACCUUCCUGCUCAAGUUUUUUUCUCUGUUCCUGGGGAUCAUCUUCUUCCUGGAGCUGACAGCUGGAGUGUUGGCCUUCACCUUCAAGGACUGGAUCAAGGACCAGCUCAACUUCUUCAUCAAUAACAACAUCCGGGCAUACCGUGACGACAUCGACCUCCAGAACCUUAUAGACUUCACUCAGGAAUAUUGGGAUUGUUGCGGCGCGUUCGGAGCGGACGACUGGAACCUCAACAUCUAUUUUAACUGCACGGACACCAACCCCAGCCGGGAGAAAUGUGGAGUCCCCUUCUCCUGCUGCACCAAGGACCCUGCGGAGGAUGUGAUAAACACGCAGUGUGGCUAUGAUGUACGGGACAAAGCUGACGUAGAGCAGAAGACCUACAUCCAUGUGAAAGGCUGUGUGCCACAGUUUGAGAAGUGGCUACAGGACAACCUGACGUUAGUGGCUGGGAUCUUCAUAGGAGUUGCGUUGCUACAGAUAUUUGGAAUAUGCUUGGCACAAAACUUAGUUAGUGACAUCGAAGCUGUGAGAGCAAGCUGGAUGCCCCCGCCCUCGCUCUCCCUGCACCGACCCCUGCCUCACUCUGGAAAAAAAGGGUCUGCAUACUACGCAUGAGGAACGUACUCGCAAGCGUGUGUAUGACCUGUAGCCGUUUAUUUACCUGAUGUCACUGCCCGGCCUGACCCAGGAACGCACAGGUCUCUUCAGCAUGGCUACGCCAGUCUCGGAGCAUCAAAAGAUGCUAGAAAUAGGAAUGAUACCACCUGCACCAUAUUCCGUUGUGAUACUGGCACAUUCUGAUCCUUUUUAAAAGAGGUUUGGGCUUGCAAAAUUCCAGUAACUUUCCAGAAAUCCCAGUUGGAAGAUUCCUCCAAUCAGGAUUUUUGGAAAACCUGGGAAUUUACCCACGCUUUGCAUCCCAUCUGUUCCAUGUGGUAAACACUGUGUAGAAAUGUACAGAAAAUAAUGAAGACAAAAAAAAUUACUUGGGGGGGGGUUGUAAAUGCACUGCAUGCCAAUCACAAUGGCAUGGACUCGUUUAAAUUCAUGAUGUACAGAAGCUCUUAUUGACACAGGUAUUUUUAACAGUAAAAUGGUAGCUGUAUGUGGCGACACUGAGCAUUAGGGAAGAGGGUAAUGGUGCUAGAAUACAAAUGUACAGUAAUAGUCGCAGCCCUCAAGUCGUUCGCUUUGAACUGCAGUAGCCUUGUAGGCUCAAGAGUUUCUGUGGCACAGAUGGGCAUUCGUUAUAUUUCAUGGCAUCUCUACCUGGGUGAAAUACAUACAGGUACGUUACAUACUUUCAAAUACUUGAGGUGGGCCUGAUUUAGCAAGAGUUUGCACUUUUGGGGGGGGACUAGUCAAUUGGUUCUAUUGUAACAGACAAGCUAAAUCAAGCACACUUCCAAGUAUCAAUGUAUUUGACCCAGGUCUGAUCUCUGCACACUCAUACAUUAAAAUGAAUUGUCAAUACAUUCAAUGAACUGAAAAACUUCAUGUCCAUUUCUUGCUAUGGUAGUCUUCUGUUUUCAAUACCGCUAAGUGAAGUGUCAAUCUUUAGGAAUCCCUGUCACUUCAUAUUCAAUCUUGUUCUGAGGGCUGAAUGUGAUUUGUUCGAUUGCUCAGAGGGGGGAGUUUACAAUGACCAGUGAGUGAAUAAAACUAACUCACUUCCUGGCAUUUGUUGGUGGUGGAGGGCGUAACACAUGGGUUGCUGUGCUGAGGGUUCCUGGCUCAAAUCCCUGUGUGCUUUCAGUUUUCUAGCUCAAUGAUCAGUGAGUCAAAUUAAACAAAUGCUUGUAGGGAGGUGGCAGGCCCGUUAAAUACAGGUUGAGACAAGUUCCAUGUUGAGGAUCCCCAUGUCUUGUUUUCCAACCUUGAACUUACUUUCUAAAGUUAACCAAUCACUUUUCACAUUUGUCUAACCAUUUCUUGUGACUGGUUAAAGGACCAAAACCUAAGGCAGGUGGAUGGGGUCCUGGGUGGCAGAGGUCGUAACACGAGGGUGUCCAUGCAUUAGGUCCUCGGUUCGAUUCCUCGUGUGGCUUUUAAAAUAACUUAACCAAUUACACUCCUUUCUGCCCUCAGAACAAGAAAAUAAAGGUUUGAUUCAAUCUGUAUCGUGGAAGUUCAGUGCUAUAGCGCAAUUGACACUUAAUGUCCCACGUUCACGGAGAUUGCGCUCAUGAUAAACUUUGCAUAUAGGCUCAACAGCUUCUACCCUCCAAGCCAUUAGACUGCUGAACAAUUCAUGAACAUUUACACUGAUAUCCCCUCUUGUACACUGCUGCUACUUGCCGUUUGUUUGUUACCUAUACAUAGUCACUUCGCCCCCAUGUACAGAUUACCUCAACUAGCCUGUACCUCUGCACACUGACUCGGUACCGGUGCCCCAUCUAUAUAGCCUGGUUAUUCUUAGUUACUUUUUUGUUUUGCCUACUUGGUAAAUAUUUUGUUCUUGAACAGCAUUGGAGGUUAAGGGCUUGUAAGUAAGCAUUAAGGUAAAGUCUACACUUGUUUGAUUUGAUAUAUCGGCUCAAUCGCAAACUACCUUUAAAUUUCAAAUCGCACUGAACUUCCAUGAUAGGGAUUGAAUCGAGCCCUUUGUUUUUCUUUCAUUCCCAUGAAAUAAAUCAUUUUUGUUGACCUGC